AUGGCUCAGUACGAUUUAACUCAGAAGAUUUCUCCAUUCUUCGACUUACAUUUGGUCAUUCCGUUGUUGGAGUUUAUUGGUCCUCGAGAAGUAAGUUCAUAAUUUAGUUUACAUUAUUUCGGAUUUUAGAUUUACGAUGUAGAAUCGUUAGUGGAGAUGCAUAGAAAUGUCUUGCUGAGGACUAACAUGGUUGACUCGGUGAUCGAAACAUAUCCGUCCAACCAGGUUCCAAGUGAACUAACCAAGAGGAGAGAUCAAAUUUUGUCUGAACUUGAGACUCUCAAGGCUCAAGCUGACCCAGUCGUGGAGAUCUUGGAGCAGGAGGACGUCAAGGAGUUGAUGGAAGCUGCCAGAGACAGAGACGGCAAUAGCCGAGUGUUGGAGUACAUGCAGACCAACUACAACGUCAGUUUACUCUAUAUAUUUGUCUUUAUUAGGCAAUUUCCAUUAUCUUGCUUAUAUGCUUGCUAAGACGAAUACACUUAAAGUUUCAAUUUCAGUUCCAAGACGAAAUGUUGGGUGUGUUAUACAAGUACGCCAAGUUCCAGUACGAAUGUGGAAACUACGCUGCUGCUUCUAUCUGCCUUUACUAUUACCGGAACUUGGUACCUCAAAACGAUCCAAACUAUUUGAACGCUCUGUACGGUAAAUUGGCAUCAGAGAUCUUGUGUCAAGAAUGGGCUCAUGCCAAGGACGAUCUUUCCAAGCUCCGUGCUUAUGUGGACUCUGAUCCCUUUGAUUCUGAACAAGAACUUCUGCAACAUCGUGCUUGGUUACUGCAUUGGUCUCUUUUUGUUUACUUCAAUUUCCCUAAGGGUCGUGACGAGAUCAUUGAAAUGUUUUUGAACCAACAGACGUAUCUCAAUACUAUCCAGAUCAUUUGUCCUCAUCUACUGCGUUAUGUUGCUGUAGCUGUUGUGGCCAGCAAGAACAAACAAAAGAACAGUUUGAAGGAUUUGAUUAAGGUUAUUGAUGUUGUAAGUUCAUUUCCUGUGAAACGCUAUUUUAAACUGGUUAUGAAACGUUUAUGUUUUGGAAGGUUUUAGGUAUUAAUAUAUUGUUUUUAGGAACGUAGAAACUAUCAAGACCCAGUAACCGACUUCUUGUCAUGUUUGUAUCUCGAGUACGACUUUGAAGCUGCCCAAACUAAGCUGAGAGAAUGUGAAGCUGUCUUGUCUAAUGAUUUCUUCUUAACUGGAUGCUUGGACGACUUUAGAGAAAGUGCGCGACUUUUGGUGUUCGAGAUGUUCUGCAGAAUCCAUCAGUGCAUCAGCUUGGAAAUGUUGUCAGCUAGGCUAAAUAUGGACAAAGCAGAGGCAGAACGCUGGAUCGUGGACUUGAUUAGGAACUACAGAAUAGAUGGGGCUAAGAUCGACUCUCAAUCUGGCCAAGUUGUUAUGGGGGCCAAGGCCACCAGCAUCCACGAACAAGUCAUGGAAAACACGAAACGGUUGACAUUCCGUUCCCAACAAGUCGCUCUUCAACUCCAGAAACUGAAACUGGACAAGAAGGCUGGUCUUCUUACAAAAAUCAAUUAA